AUGGGGAGGAAGUUGCGUGAGAAAGUGACAUGCUCCCCAAUGCAAAACAACCAUCGUCCUGGGGGAUUCAUGUGGGGACUCUUUGACAUUCUUAAGCACAACCAUUGGCGUUACAUCAAGAAACGUCUCCCUCACAAACGACCCCACCUUCCUGGUGGUGCUACACGAACUAGUGCUUCUACUCCUUCAUUGCUUCAGGUCUCGGGGCAAAGACCAAAGAAGAAGCCUAGCUCUGCUGUAAAGUCUAACAACUCAGGGGAGAAGCCAAAGAAGCAGCAUAAUAAUACAGAGGACAAGUCCAAGAAUCUCAAUUCAGAAGAGAAGCGGAGAAAAACACAUUCAGAGAUCAAAAGGUCUGUGAAGGCUCUGAUUAAGGCACUUGUAAUGGACGACAAGUCUUCUAAGAAGAAUGGUCGUCACCACAGAAGCUCUACUUAUCCUGUCCAAUCAAACCCUAAAGAGAAGGAGUCAUCACUGAGUGAGUUGGAAUCUUCUGAUAAGAACUCCUUAAACGGUGAUGAACGUAACCGUGUCUUUGACAAGACCAUUGGCAUUUCACCCGCUAUUGGUUCGUUGAACCCUCUUUAUCUCAUGUCCGAGGAAUCAAGCAACAGUGACAGCGAAGAGUUUAGGUUUGAGAACACUUUAGUUGAUGAUACUGACGAAAAUAAAUCAGAUUUUGAUGAAAGUGAUUCCAAGAAGAAGAAGAAGAAGGAUGAGGAGGACGCUUGGCUUGAUCCAAAGUUGAGACAUGAGGAUGAUGAUACAUCGCCUAGACGUGCAAAGUCAUGUCUUGAUGCUCUGAAUCUGAUACACAUGAAUAGAAACUUCUUGUUAAAAGUUCUGCAGGAUCCAGGUUCUCCUCUAGCCAGGCAUUUUCAGAGCCAACAAUCUUUUAGCUCCAAAACAAUGACUAAAGCCGGAUCAUUCCCUACUACUCAUGGUAGCAAUAGAGAAGAUCAUAUUAAUGAGUUCGAGAAUAAGUCAAUGACGUCUCCUUCCAUUGCUGCACAACACAGAGCAGACGGGGUUCAGACGUUUAAUGAAGCAAUGGAAAAAGCUUCUGCUGAAGCAAUGGAAAAAGCUUCUGCUGAUGAAGAGGAGAAGUUAUCUGGUUCUGGUCACACGAGGAAGAGAGGAAAGAACCACCAAGUGGUGAUCAAACGUUUCAAGGAUCUAAGACAAAAGAUAAAGCAUGUGAUUAACGAGAACAAGAACGAGACACACCGUAUCACUAUGGAUGCUGUCUUAGACAAAGUGCCUCGAAAGUAUGGAUUCUCGAAAGAUUUGAGGCACGACGUUUUGAAAGGAAGUUCUUCUGCCAACAAAGCAGAAGGCGCAAAACCGAAGCAAAUAAGAAGAACAUCGUCUCUGUGUGGUUCGGUUGAUAGAUAUCUUCAGCUGUAUGAAAAGAGCUUCCAAAAGUGCAACAGCACUACUUCAGAGAAGUCUGAGGAACAGGCGUUGUCUUGUAAGAUAGUUCCUAAAAUCUUGGGAAGGAUUCUUUCAUCACCUGAAAUGAAAUCUCCUUAUGCUUUGAAGAUUGAUGACCUUCCUGCCCAACUUACAACGUUCAGUAGAUCAAUGGAACAAGAACAAGAUGGUCUGGAAGACAUUUCAGAGAUCUCAGAAGAUCACUCUGAACACGAAAUGCCUGAGACUACUCAGGAUCCUUCUUCUGACGCAGAACAAGACAGUCCUACCUUUGAUGAGAUGACUUGUGAAUCUCAAAUGCCACAAGAUUCGGAGAUACAACAGGAUGCAGAUACAGAGAGUGUCUUAAGAAGCAAACAAGUAACAGGAGCAGAGAUAGAGGAAGUAGUCCAGGUGGAAGCACAAGAUAAAGGGAAGUUUAACUAUGUAAGAGACAUUCUCGAGAUCUCUGGAUUCAAUGCACCUGAAUCUCUCUCAGUGUGGCAAUCAGAAUACCAGCCGCUAGACCCAUUAGUCUACGAAGAAGUGACAACAACAACCACAAGAGGAUGUAUGAUACAAGAUCCAGAAUGUUCAAGCAACGAAGAAGAAGGAGGUGGUAACUGCAACCACUUGCUUCUCUUUGAUCUAAUAAACGAGGUACUAAUCGAAAUCUACGAAAGAUGUUACCAUUAUUGUCCCAAACCGUUAUCACCCCUAUGUAGAGUCCAUCCAAUGGCAGUGGGAUAUAGUGUUUUGAAGGAGGUUUGGAUUAGAAUAAACUGUUACUUGCGUUACAAGCCACUCAACGAGGAAUCUUUUUAUAAGAUUAUGAGUAGGGAUUUUAGGAGAGAGGAUGGGUGGAUGGAUUUGCAGUUUGAGAGUGAAUGUGUUGGGAUUGAAGUUGAGGAUAUGAUCUUCGAGGAGCUUCUGGAAGAAUUGCUUCUUGGAUAG